AUGACAUCUAUAACACUCGCAGCCGUCAUCUCGGCGACAGACCCAUACAACGUCAACCGAGGCACCCUCAACCUAGGCCCGUUGACGACGGCGUACAGCCCGCCGGCCAAUUGCACGUCAGAUCUUUAUUACAUCUCGACUUUCUCUUAUUUAGGUUGGGCCGAUAACCUAUGUGAGCCCGGUGAUUACAACGACAUUCUAUACAACCACAGCACGCCUAUCUUCUCACCUGGCAACCAAUGCCCCCAAGGCAUGACUAUUGAUUGCACCUAUGUCGGCACGCGGCGAGCCAACGAAACACGUAUGCAAUAUUGGAGCAAGAUCAGCACAGAUGAGACUGCUGUGGGAUGUUGCCCUACGGGCUACGCGUGUGCAACCAAUCUCGAUCAAUUCUACUACUGUCUCUCGCAACCUACGAAAGAUGCUGUUAUUACUGUCACGGAGGUUAACCGCACGGCAGUAGACCUUGGCGUGCCUCAACACAGUGAGGUUCGCACGAUCUUUGGCUACGACACCGUCUUGGUAACCGCGCAAAAGGUUAUCUACGUGGCCAACCCGACGGAUUUGGCCUCCAUGGAUGCUUCAAAGGCCGCUCCUGGAUCCAGCAAUACCACACCAAGCGCGAGACAAACAAGUGCCGGCGCCGCCAGCACGCAAGGCGAUGUACAAUCUGGUGGGCUGUCGACCGGUGCAAAGGCCGGACUCGGAGUCGGUGUUUCGCUCCUUGUGAUAGCGAUGUGCCUCAGUGCCUUUCUCCUCUACCGCCAUCUCACAAAGAAGCGCGCAGUGGCCGCGGCUGGCGGUGACAAUGAGGCAGCAGCAGCAGUCGCAGGGGACGGAGCGUUCCGUAAGGCAGAGCUGGACAGCGAGCCAAUCUCCGCAAAGGCGGCUGCUGCUGCUGCUGCGCCAGACUAUAAGGAAAAGGAUACCAUUGACGUGCAUCAGGCUCUGCCAUCCGACGGCCAGGGGCGCCGGUCAAGCUUCUUUGCUGAAAUGGAGGCAGGCUUUGAGGCAGCAGAACUACCAGGUGAGGUGCCUGCAUCCAGUGCUGUCGAGACGACAAGCACGCAGCAGGCUAAGAUAACCCGCAAGCCUGUGAAUGAUGCGUGA